AUGCUGUUUGUAAAAUGGCGGACGAAGACUGCAAAAGGUGAACCGGUAUUUCGUGGAAUUGAGAAGCUGAAAGCUAUUUUUUAUCCACCAGUUUAUAGGCCAGGAAUGAAAGUUCGCUUAUAUUUUCACUGGUUUUCGAUGGUUGAUCAUGAAGAAGGCGUCCCACCGAUCGAAAACGUCGUAAUCCGCUAUAAUCCGGCAAUACCGCGCUGGCAGAAGGCAUAUUGCCUUGGGCAUUUCCUACUACUUCUGGCAAUAUUUUUCCAUUUUGAGUUCGACCGAGGCCAACUCUCCUACCUCGACUUUACGCUCAAACUAGCUUUCUUCGUUGCAACAAUGCAGUGUCUUGGCGCUUUCUUCGAUCGAAAGUUAGCUCUAUUUUAA